UUGUGGGUCAGACAGGAGCGCUCCCGGUCUGAAGCUGUUUGCGCCCUUUUAUGUGACGUCCAUGGAGCUUUUAAAUUUUAGGAUUAACCUCCUCGUUGGGCUCUUUUUGUCAGGGUUCUGCGUUCAGUCGUCAGUUUUACCGCCGCCACAUGCUUUCUUGCCGAGAGCUCCGCGUCCGUGGAGCCACGGUUUCACGCACGACGCGCACCAGCAGCAAAAGGAGCGGGAGCAUGUGAAUACCAUCGGCGUGAUCUGCCAUCCGGACUCGCUGGAGGUUGUAAUCAAAGCUGACAUGUUUGCUGUUGGGACUCCAGUUAACAGCGACGAGCUCCGCCUUGGAGUGGAGGACAGUGAUUAUUGCAGAGCCGCGGCUUUCUCGGAGGAUGAGUACAGAAUCUCUGUUGGACUCGCAGACUGCGGCACCAAACACUGGAUGACUGAAGACUCUCUGGUCUACACAAACCUCCUCAUAUACUCUCCUGUGGCCUCUCCUAAUGGGGUCGUCCGAAUGGAGGAGGCUGUUGUUCCAAUUGAGUGCCAUUAUAAAAGGAAGUACAGUUUGUCCAGCGCUCCACUCCAGCCAACCUGGAUCCCCUUCACAUUUACCCAGACUGGCCUGGAAAACUUAAAGUUUUCAUUGAAACUAAUGACAGAUGACUGGCAGCAUGAAAGGGGGGUUAACGUGUUUUACCUCGGCGAGCCCAUCAGCAUCGAGGCCUCAGUCGGAGUUGGACAUCACAUGGGGCUCCGGGUGUUUAUGAGCAGCUGUGUGGCUACUCUUCACCCAGAUACGUACUCUGAACCCAGAUACACAUUCAUUGAAAAUGGGUGCUUGGUUGACUCUCAGCUUCCAGGUUCAAGAGCCUUCUUCUUACCCCGGAGACAAGAUGACAAGCUCCAAUUGGUCAUUGAUGCCUUUAGGUUCCACAAUGAUGACAAGGCAGAGCUCUACAUCACAUGCCACCUGACAGCUGUACCAGUGAAUGAUGCAGAAUCACCAAAUAAGGCAUGCACUUUCAUAAAUGGAAGAUGGCGGUCAGCUGAUGGUAAUGACUACCUCUGCGGGUAUUGUCAAGGCAACAAUGAAGUUGUCCAACCCCGGAGUAAGCCCAUCAGCCACGGCAGAUUUGGUCCUCGUGGGUUUGGGAAGCCGGCGGAACCUGAACCAAUGAGGAAAUCUGGACUGAAGACUAAUCAGGUGUGGGAAGAUGAUGCUAAACUGGGACCAGUGACUGUCCUGCAGUCACAGAAAAGCAAGCCUCUACCUGCGGCUGAACUGCCUGUAGUUCUCAAAAAAAUCGACAGACCAACACUGCACAGCAGCCAGUGGAAAAGUGGGAUAAAUGAAAUUGAGCUGGAGAAGGAACUGCUUCCUGAUCCAGCUACACCAGACCCAGAUGAGAAAUAUGACAAAACCGCUCAAGAAGAUGGCAAAACAGAAAAAGAAGCUACACCUUUAGAAAAAGCAGCUCCAGAGUUCAAAGUGAAACUUGUGGAAAUGCCUCUGGACAACAGUACCACCAUAGCCCCUCCCCAUGAUGUCAAUGCUACCUCUGAGUUUGAAGUGGAGGAGACCAUGCUGUCUAAUGCAACUGCCACAGUCUGACCCUAAGAAAUAAAAGACUUA